AAGUUAGUAAGUCUACUCACUCCACAAAAAGCCCAAAACCAACAUAUUGAAAAGGUUCAAACAAAAACAAUACUUGUACAAAGAUUUGCACAACCAAAACAAAAAUCUCAAAACUCAAAACUCCAACCGUAGAGAGAGAAAGAUGGAAGGAAGUGAGGAGAAAAACAGUGUCAGUCUCGAAGAUUUGAAGUUAAAAAUGGCGGAUUUUGCUAAGGAAAGAGAUUGGGAUCAAUUUCAUAGCCCAAGAAAUCUCCUUUUAGCUUUGGUUGGGGAAGUAGGAGAACUAUCUGAGAUAUUUCAAUGGAAAGGGGAGGUGCCAAGAGGAUUACCAGGUUGGAAGGAAGAAGAGAAGCAACAUUUAGGAGAAGAGCUAUCUGAUGUGCUACUAUACCUUGUAAGACUCUCUGAUAUUUGUGGGGUUGAUCUUGGUAAAGCUGCCCUUAGAAAGCUUGAGCUUAAUGCCCUUAAAUACCCAAUUAAUCUCUCUAAGGGCUCUUCGAAGAAGCUUAAUUACAACAACAACAACAACAACAACACAACAACCCUGUUGAUAAAAAGCUUAAGCUUAAUGAAUCAUAAUUAAGCUUAUUUGACUAGGUCACCUUAUAUCAUCUGUCAUUUUCAGUUAUAUACCCUUUUAAUUUUUAGAUUUUAGACUGACCCCCCCCCCCCCCCCCCAAAUUAUGUGUUCCCCUUUUGAUCUUUUUGGGGUGGAUGGACCUGCCUUUUGGGGUUUUUAGAUCCUACUAUGAAUCUUGUGUAUAAAUUCUAUGAUCUAAUUGUAAUUCAACGAUUGCUUUAUGAGUAAUUAUUCUCAUGGUUAUCCUUUUUAGCAUUUUGAGCUA